UAUAAAUACAGAGGGUCCUGCACCAUUCACUAACACUGCUCUCUGCUGCUGGAUUCAUAGAGACUCCCGGAGGAUUACUGGGUAUCAGGUAACCAGCAACUCCUCGCUGACCCACGGCCUUGUCUGUCAUUGAAGGAAGAUGGUUGGACUGAAGCCCUCAGACGUUCCUCCUACAUUCAUGGUGAAAUUUGUGGGAGCUGGAACAGCGGCUUGUAUAGCUGACUUAGUCACCUUCCCACUGGACACCGCGAAAGUCCGAUUGCAGAUCCAAGGGGAGUGUUUGGCCGAGCCGAACAUCAGAAUUGUCCACUACAAGGGGGUGAUGGGGACAAUUUCCACCAUGGUGAGGAUGGAGGGAGCAGCCAGCCUCUACAAUGGACUGGUGGCCGGUCUGCAGAGACAGAUGACUUUUGCGUCUAUCCGAAUCGGCCUCUACGACUCAGUCAAGCAGUUCUACUGUCGCCAUUCAGAGAAUUCCGGAGUCACCUGCCGGCUGCUGGCCGGUUCCACAACGGGGGCCCUGGCUGUGGCCUUUGCUCAGCCAACGGACGUGGUGAAAGUGAGAUUCCAGGCCCAUGUUAAAUUCAUUGAUGGUAACCGGAGGUAUAACGGGACGGUAGAUGCCUAUAAGACCAUCGCCAGGGAGGAAGGAGUCCGGGGACUGUGGAAAGGGACCCUGCCCAACAUCACCCGCAAUGCCAUCGUAAACUGCGCAGAACUGGUCACCUAUGACCUCAUCAAGGAAGCCAUACUAAACCAUCAGCUACUGACAGAUAAUCUGCCGUGUCAUUUCGUGGCUGCAUUUGGCGCUGGAUUCUGUACCACAGUGGUGGCGUCUCCGGUGGACGUGGUGAAGACUCGGUACAUGAACUCUACCGCUGGCCAGUACAAGAACGCAUUAAACUGCGCCGUUACCAUGGUGAUAAACGAAGGCAACACGGCAUUCUACAAAGGGUUCAUGCCGGCGUUCCUGAGGCUGGGCUCCUGGAACAUUGUCAUGUUUGUCAGCUAUGAGCAGCUGAAGAGAGCGAUGAUGAUGGCUCAUGGAUCCUGGGAGAGUCCCCACUAGAGAGGACCUCAUGCGCCAAGGUUUCGCUAACCCAGGGAUCAUAAGAUGCCGACCUUUGGUGAGAUACCCCUACUUCCAGGGGGAGAAGCCUCAGCACCGUGGGCUGUUGCUAUCUAAUUUCAUGUUGGACACAAAGCAUAAAGAUGCCUACUGAAAAGUCCUCAAGACACAAAGAGAGGAGAGUGGAGACUGUUAGUCGUUCCUUGAGGACUGAUAGAGAGCAUGGAGGCAUGACGUAACAGAUGAAUGAUGAAACUUUUGUUUACACUGAGAAGUCUCAGACUCUACAUCCUACAGUGCCAUAUGGAACAGCCAUAAUCAGCACCUUGCCCAUGGGCACUUCUCCUGCCAGGACUCAGCCCAGGAGCACUACCUCCUACUGCCAGUGCUCAGCCCAAGGGCACUACCUCCUCCUGCCAGUGCUCAGCCCAAGGGCACUACCUCCUCCUGCCAGUGCUCAGCCCAAGGGCACUACCUCCUACUGCCAGUGCUCAGCCCAAGGGCACUACCUCCUCCUGCCAGUGCUCAACCCAAGGGCACUACCUCCUCCUGCCAGUGCUCAGCCCAAGGGCACUACCUCCUCCUGCCAGUGCUCAGCCCAAGGGCACUACCUCCUCCUGCCAGUGCUCAGCCCAAGGGCACUACCUCCUCCUGACAGUGCUCAGACCAAGGGUGCUACCUCCUGCUUCCAUUGCCCAGCCCAAGGGCACUACCUUUCCUUCCAGGGCUCAGCCCAAGAGCACUACCUCCUCCUGCCAGUGCUCAUCCCAGGGGCACUACAUCCUCCUUCCAGUGCUCAGGCCAAGGGCACUACGUUCUCCUCCCGGGGCUCAGCCAAAGGGCCCUUCAAUUGCCAGUGCUUAGCCAAACGGCACUAUCUUCUCCUGACAGUCAGUGCUCAGCCCAAGAGCACUACCUCCUCCUAGCAGUGCUCAGCCCAAUGGUACUAACUCCUUCUUGCAGUGCUCAGGCCAAGGCCACUGCCUCCUCCUGACAGUGCAAAGCUCAAGAACACUAGCUCCUCCUGACAGUGCUCAGUCCAAAGGCACUACCUUCUCCUGCCAGUGCUCAGCCCAAGGGCACUACCUCCUCCUUCCAGUGCUCAGCCUAAGGGCACUACCUCCUCUGGGUGUAGUAUGGUAUGCCGGCGGCCGGGCUCCCGGCGACCAGCAUACCGGCGCCGGG